AGUCACAUCUCGGAUGAGGGCAAUGUCUUCAUGUUUGCUGCGCAUCAUCUAGUACCCGAGAACUACGGCUUAGUAGAGGUCUCAGACGACGAGUCGGAGGACUACCUGGCUAAAUCAAAGAAACGCAGCGACAGUUCGGACUCUACCUUGCUAACAUCCUCGUCUUCAGCAUCAUCCAAGUUGCCCACCUCAGCCCAUCAGAACUCAGAUAUGAAAUCGGCGCAUCCCAUGCCCACGACCAUCACACCUUGCUAUUGA